UUCUUUCCUCUGACGAACCGAGGCUUCGACCGCGCGCGGAGAUUUCGGGGAGAAUUAGCGCCAUCGAGGAUCCAGGAUCCCAAGGGUUCGGACGAGCUAUUUUAAUCGAUGAGGGCGUUUUCCUGACGUUCCUCUUAUUAAUAUCGCUAAUUUAUCGAACGUUCGUUCAAUAUCCGCUUAAAGAUACGUUAUUACCAACGCUCGAAUAACUAUGCGGGACAGGGGCGGGCUGGGGUGCAGCGGUACCAAGAUAGCCUCGCUCCGCAAUCUCGGGAACCUAACGACCAUUUCGUUUGCGCGUUUUGCGAUCCAGGGGAAAUGACCAAUCGUACCAACCGUUUCCCUUCGAUCUCAUUCGCUUACGUCAAUUUGACGCCCCACGCGAGUUAACCUAAAACUUGCGUAUUCGUGCUGAAUUUCAAUCCCAUGGUAAAAUGGUACUACUUUACUUGUAAUUACAUAAAAAAAUUAAUCGAUAAUCCAGCAAACAUGCCGGCCGAUAUAAUGGAAAUUUUGAAAGAAAGGAAGAUGACUAAAAUUUGCGCACCAAUGGUCAGAUAUAGCAAAAUGGGUUUAAAAAAUUUUUUCACAGAUUGCAAUUUCGAACGUUGGUGAGACGCUAUGAUUGCGACAUCUGUUUUACCCCCAUGAUAAUGGCGGAUUCCUUCGUGCAAUCCGCCGAAGCUCGUAAUAACGACUUUGUGAUAAAUAAAGCCGACGAUCCAUUAAUCGUACAAUUUGCAGCAAAAUGCGUAGAAGACUUUGUUUGCGCUGCAGAAAUGAUUGCACCAUACAGUAACGGAGUAGAUUUGAACUGUGGUUGUCCACAGCGUUGGGCCAUCAAGGACGGGUACGGUGUAGAUUUAUUACAUCGACCUCAGGUAGUUAAAGAAUUGGUAACUCAAAUAAGAAAUCGUAUACCAGUGCCAUUUACAGUUUCUGUCAAGAUUCGAUUGUUAAAGGAUAUUCGUAAGACGAUUGAAUUUUGUCGCAUUCUGGAAAAGGCUGGCGCAUCUUUCUUGACGGUACAUGCACGAACACCCCAGAUGCGCAAUGAACCGAUCGAUUUAAAUGGUUUAAAGAUGGUUAGAGAUUGCGUGCAACUACCACUGAUUGCCAAUGGCAAUGUCAAAACCCUGGAAGAGGCUGAAAUGUUAUAUCAAGAAUCUAAUUGCGAAGGGAUAAUGGCAGCCAAUGGAAUUUUAACAAAUCCUGCAAUGUUCUCUGGCUACUCGACUACUCCCAUGAGUUGCGUUCAGGACUGGCUAAAUAUUACAUCAAAUAUACCCACUCCUUUUCUAUGUAUGCAUCAUCAUCUUGUAUUUAUGUUGGAAAAGAUUCUUCCAAAAGCAGAGAGAAGGAUAUUUAACAAUUUACAAGACAGAACAUCGGUUUUAGAAUUCCUGGACAAGUAUUAUGGCUUGAGGCCAACUAUCUGUGAUAAUUCACUUGAACCAACCACGUGUCAUUACAAUCCUUCCUUGAUCAAAAAGGUCUUUAAUUCUACACAUGACAUUAAAGAGAUUCAGUAUCCUGAUGACAUCUUAGGAAAUAUAUUUCUUGAACAAUGAUCGGUAGACUA